CUUGGGGAGGGUCCCUUUUGCCGGAAGUUACUGAGGAAAACACGCAGAUCAGCUGCUGUGAGUUGGCAGCGGCGGCUGAUAGGCGGCAGAAAGCGAGCUCCUGUUGGAGGGUGGGGAGGAGAGGCGCGCGCCCCUCUCCCUUCCGCUCCCUCCCCCUCAUCGCGUGAGGGACGCAGGACGUCGGGGCCGGGAGCCGCAGUGCUGCGCGGGGCGGAAGCGGCCGCGAAACGUUCCCAAGAUGUUGCCUACCACGUCUCUUAAUUCCCUAGAUCAUGACAACGGCUCUUUAAACUCUAGGGAGGCAGCCAGGCACACAGCAGGGUUCAAGCGCUACAAAUACUUGAGGAGACUCCUUCACUUUCGGCAUAUGGACUUUGAGUUUGCUCUGUGGCAGAUGCUGUAUCUAUUCACUUCACCACAGAAAGUGUACAGGAACUUCCAUUACAGGAAACAAACGAAAGACCAGUGGGCAAGAGAUGACCCAGCUUUCCUUGUGUUGCUGAGUAUCUGGCUCUGCGUAUCCACUAUAGGAUUCGGCUUUGUGUUGGGCUUGGGUUUUGUUGAAAUGAUAAAGCUGCUGCUCUGGGUCAUCUUUAUAGACUGCGUAGGAGUUGGCCUUCUAAUUGCAACUUUCAUGUGGUUUAUCUCCAAUAAGUACUUGACAAAGCACCCGAACAGAGACUGUGAUGUAGAGUGGGGAUAUGCCUUUGAUGUUCAUCUGAAUGCUUUUUAUCCACUUCUCGUCAUCUUACAUUUCAUACAGCUGUUCUUCAUCCAUUACGUAAUUUUAUUGAAUUCAUUUAUUGGCUACUUCGUUGGGAAUACUUUCUGGCUAACUGCAAUUGGUUAUUACAUCUACGUGACAUUUCUAGGGUACAGUGCUUUGCCGUUCCUGAAGAACACAGUCAUCCUUCUCUACCCGUUUGCACUUCUCAUCCUGCUCUAUGUGGUUUCAUUAGCGAUGGGAUGGAAUUUCACAAAAAUGCUUUGUGUUUUCUAUACGUACAGAGUGAAAUAAACUGCAGCCUUUAUAAUGGAUUGCUUGUUCUUGCCUCUUGUACCACUGUCAGCAAAGGUGAGAUGCUCCUGUAAAUUAAUGUAAAUAACUUAUUCUUCACUGUAGAUCAGUGUGUACAAAGUUUUGGUUUUUAAAAAAUGUAUUUACAACUGCAGACUUAUAGUGAUUCUGUAUUCUCUUGCAGUCCCUUCCUAAUGGAAAAGUUGUACAUUACUGUAAUAAAUAUUUUUUAAGAACAA